CCAUGGGUACAGCGAGGCAGCAGAGAGAAAGGGGCACGAGUGUCAAGGCUAGAUAGGUGCUAGCUAUCAAAAGUUUACUCAACGACGAAGUUGCUUUUGUAUACAUUUUAUAAAUGUCACUAUUUAGGGAUAAUUGUAGCUUUCUUGUUUCCCUGUGUGACUAUAGCUAAAACGACUUGCUCAGCUGCCGAGUUGACUAGCUAGCUAGACUACAACUAACUACCUUAGCUAGCCUGAGCUAAGCAUUGAAAUGGCAAGUCUGAGCAAAUCCACUGCUGGCAAAACUCCCAAAAAGGAGGCGAGACCCCGGACCCCGCCAGAGAAGAAACAUCUGAAAGUGUCAGAGGAUUUCUCAUCAUGUCUGAGUGAAGAGCAGCCUCAGAGCCCCACUCUUAAAGGAGAGGACAUCCAGGCCCUGGCCAUCAGACCUGAGGACCUGGAGAAGUUGCGGGUGCCCCAGCCCCCUAAAGAACCCCAGAAGCCUGCAGCAGUGACCCGGGUGCUGGUGCGUAAGACACACCCACCUGAUGACAUCAGGAAGGGGGUGAAGGUAGCGGUGGCCCGCCCCCUGACCCAGGACACCACCACACAGCCACUGGACUACGCAGGACCGGGGGGACCUCGCUUCGACGCCCAGGGGAUGGUCCUCCCCCACAGCAUUCUGGGUAGUCUGGAGGACUUCAGGACAGAGAUGCAGGCCAGGGGAGAGACUGAGCUGGUGAGGAGGGUGCCAGCACCCCAGAGAGCUGUCCCCCAGGUGUUGGGGGGUCAGAGGGGUGCAGAGAGACCCCCUCCAGUCCCCAGGGGUCAGAGAGACGUCCAGAGCCACGCCCUGCAGCACUGGCACACACACAUGACCCAGAGACGACACCAGCAGGACCUCAUCUCCAACCUGCUCCAGAAGCCAGUAGAGAGGCUGUUGAUGAACCAGUCCAACCGUUUCAGAGAGACUCAGGAGCAGAGAGAACUGAUCACCCGAGGCCUGCCAGCCAUACACUCUGGACAGGGUUACCGUGUAGGCAGUGAGUUCUGGAGCCUCCCCCAGAGGUUUGGUGAUGAGCUGAGUGGUAUCUCAGCCACCCUGACCCAGACACAGAGAGGACACCAGGAACCUGUCACACACAUCGCACAGCCACACAGCAUCCGCAUGGAGUCAGGUAAUGUUCUCCCAGAGACCUGUGGUUCAGCUAGCAGGACCUGGGACCAGAGUCUCUACCUGCAGCACCGACGACAUGAGCUCAGAGACGUUCUCAAAGACCUGGACUUCAACCAGCCUGAGAUAGAUGGCUUGGAGGUGAUUGGCUCAGGCCAGCCCCUUCCUCCGUCACUGUGA